UCAGAGUCUGAAAGCCAGUCUCAACAAAACCUUAUCUGUUUGAAGCGAAGCAAGGCAAAGCCACCAUGACUACCUCUACGGCUUCGCUGGUUCUUCCUUCCCUGACCCCCAAAACACUAGCGCUCUACACCCCCAAACCCACUUCGCUCUCGCUCUUCUCUCUCUCCUUCUCGUCCCUAAAACCCAUUUCGAUUUCGGCCUCAUUUCUCAACUCCGGCAGGGGGUUUCAGUCGUCUCGGUCGGUCGUGCGACGCGUCGCUGUUUCGGACUUCGAGCAGGAUGAGGAGGUUCUCAGCGACGACGGCGGCGAGCCCAAUUUCUCGCCUGACCUCAAGCUCUUCGUCGGAAACCUUCCCUUCACCGUCGACAGUGCUCAGCUAGCUGAGCUCUUCGAAGGUGCUGGAAAUGUUGAGAUGGUCGAGGUGAUAUAUGACAAGACGACUGGGAGAAGCAGGGGAUUUGGGUUUGUGACCAUGUCGAGUGCUCAGGAAGUUGAAGCAGCUGCUCGACAGUUCAAUGGCUAUGAACUUGAUGGAAGGGCAUUGAGGGUAAACUAUGGACCUCCCCCACCUAGGUCUGAGGAUUCUUUCAGAGGUGCCAGAGGACCCCCCAGAGGUGGUGGAGGUUAUGGUGACUCUUCCAACCGCCUGUAUGUGGGUAACCUUGCAUGGGGUGUUGACAAUUUGGCACUUGAGAACUUGUUUAAUGAGCAAGGAAAGGUUUUGGAGGCCAAGGUAGUUUUUGACAGGGACAGUGGCCGGUCGAGGGGUUUUGGUUUUGUGACAUAUGGUUCCGCUGAAGAAAUGAACAGUGCCAUUGAGUCUUUGGAUGGCGUUGACUUGGGUGGAAGAUCUAUUCGCGUAACUGCGGCAGAACCUAGGCCGCCAAGGCGUCAAUUUUGAGUACUAAAUCCUUGAGAGUCAUUGGCCAACAGAAUAUUCAAUGGAGUUAGGAGCUAAGUAGCUGUAUGUCAUUGCCUUCUGUCAAGAAUUCCCAGAUUAUGCUCCCUUGCACCACAGUUGAAUUCGUGACUGAUGGUUGUUUUUGGCAUCGGCCUGUAGAUGGACAAGAGCGAAUGUUUUUUGAAAGUUUAAAUUCUAUGUUCUGAGUGCUGGGUUUAGUUAAGGAACUGAUGUGUGAUCUAUUUUUUGUUUUAACAACAGUUUAAUAGAUUCGGGCACAUGAAUCAUCAUCUAAUAGUCUGCUUUACCUUGAUAUGUUACUGAAAGAAAUCCUGAUUGUGUAACGAUUGCAGGAGAAAUGUACAACCAGAUCAGUUUUUUCAGCCAA